GAAAAGAAGAAGGAAGAAAAGGAGUGGCAGGAGGAAACGGAAAAGGACAAUGGAAAGGAGGCCCUUUCAGGUGAGUUGCGGCAGGCGUGGGGUCAAGCUGGCACUCGUGUCUUGGCCUGCGACCUGCUAGCAUCCUCUGUGAGGCACGUGCGGGCCCUGAGGAGGUUGGGGAUUGCAGGUGCUGGAAGGGUCCGAGCAUCUUCACCAGUUGGAGCUGCACCUGAGCGUGCUCCAACUGUGGUGCCGCCGAGGGUCCCCACACCUCCUCGGGUCGAGCCAGCAGAGGCACCACCCCCUGCACCAGUGGAGUCGGUGAAGAAGGAGGCUGAAGAGGAGAGCUCCGAGUACACCGACGCUGAGGAGUCAGGUGACGAGCAGCCAGCGGAGGAGAAGGACGACAAGGAGACGGCAACCCACUCUGGGCUUAAGGCUGCGCCUAAGUCCGCCCCUCGCCCCAGGGAGGAGUCCGCCAGGCCAGAUCACCGUGAGGAUCUGCCCAGGAGAAGGCCUGAAGACAGACGGGCCUCAGACAAUCGAAGCUCUGGACACCAAGGUUCAGAGAGAGGCUCGGGACGAAGAGAGGCUGAUACCUAUCGUGCCCCUUCAAGGGACCGGCCACGCAGAAGGUCAAGGUCGCGCAGGGACAAGUACGAGGAGCAUCACUAUCGGGGUGAUCGCCGAGCUCACUACGAAACUGGUGAGAAGAAAGGGAAGAAAAGAAAGAAGCGACAUAACCACCGUGGAGGAUCAAAACAUCAGAAGCAUUACAAGGCCCCCUUCGCCCCCUUGAGCGGCACAAUGCCGCCCAAGCGACGGGAAGAAGAGGAGGCGCCCGAGGAGUUGGUUUUCUCGGGAGAAGAAGGGGUCGAGGUGGCCCUUGGAGACGAGGGAUGGCCGCCUCCCAGGCUCCCAGUUGGUGCCAUUCUGGAGGUAGCCCUCCAUGGGAGUUCAAUAGGCAUGGGCUCCGAGGCAUGGUUUGGCAUGAGCAUACAAAGGGUUUCUGUUGGGGACGCUUCGGAUGGGCCCCAUGUGGUCGGGGACUUCCUUGGGUGCGAGGAUCUCGCGCAUUCGGGGGAAGUCUCAAGCUACCUUGGGGACGGAGCGGUGCAUUUAUGUCAAGACGACCCUUGCAGCAGCCUGAACGUUCACCUUAUUCAUGCCACAAGAGUGCGACUAUGGAAGCCGGUGAACUUCGACGCACCUUACCUCACGAGAACGGGAAAAAGUGUGGUCAAAAAGCUUGUGGAGGCGCAAAGAACAAAGAAGAAGCCCGCGGGCAGAGGUCCAGUGAAGAGGAAGGCGACCACCACUACAGCGCCAGACAAGCGCCGCAAGGGUGGAGAAGGAGAUGCCGACGGGGCCCGUCAAAGGGUGAUACCAGUCCUUUCGGAUGGAGAGGAAGGCAAUCCAGACGAGGGUGGCAACGAGGAUGGAGAAUCGCCUCAGGUGAGCCGAGAGCACUUGCGCUCAAUUUUGAAGAGUGCCAAAGACCGCAUCCUGGGAGGCGGGGCUGGAGCACGCCGUGCCCCGGCCGAAAAGGAUGCGAGGCGUGGGCGCGAGGCCGCAUCUACAGACUUUGCUCCGCGCCCGGGCCUGGUCGCUGGGACCUCCUUGAACCCCGUGCGGCGGAUGGCCACGCCAGUGAUGGCGUUGGAGGAUACAAGAGACGAUGGUUCGAAGCACUUGAUGAGGAAGCUGGCUGGGAAAUCCGAUGCCGCUUCAGCCCUCUUGGCACAGGCAGCUCAGGUGUCCGCCCAGGAGGCCCGGCAGCGCAAAGAGAAGAAGAAGUCCAAGGAGAAGAACGAUGCGUUGCACCAACUUCUGGCCCUUCUCAAGGGAAAGGGCAAAAAGAAAAAGAAAAAGAAGAAGGACAAGAGGUCAGCAACAGAAGGACAGAGAAGGGUCACCUGGGACAUCAAGCCAGACCCCGACGAUCCCGGAGGGUCAGGGUCCAGCGGCUCGGACAGCUCAGACACAGACGAGUCAAAGGACCAGGAGGCAAAGAGCGACGCCGACAGCGAGCUCAGCUACGAGCCACCGUUGAGGAAGAGGGCCCUUCGAGAGCCCGGUUCAGUGAUGGAGAUGCUGGUGAAGCACGCGCAGCUCCAACUGGAUCGAGGGGCCCUCCUCGAAACAGAGGGCGCUCAGCCCUCCAUUACAACAGGGGUGAAGAUCUCGACCUACUUCGCGCUGCUGAUCCGCCCAUAUCAUGUGGCGGGGUCCCCAUUGUUGCGGGAGCUGUAUGCCUUGGGUCAGGCAAUAGACUUGCUCCGCAUGGGGAAGCUGCCGGAGACAGCGGACGCCUUGGCGUCCAGAUUCAUAGCCGUCCACACGGCUUUGACGGAAGGAUCAUGGACCACGGCGUCGCAGCUGGAACUUUUCCCCCUGGAGCCGAUUCAAUCGGCCAAUACGGCCACCAUGUUGGAGGCCCACAAGCAUCGCCGACUGGUGAUGAAAUCUCAGGGCCUUCCCACUUCCCUGACGUGGUGGCCGGGCACUGGUCGAGGCAAAGGGACUGGUGCUGGCACGAAAGGGAAGAAGGGGGACCAGAAAGGCCGGGGGGGCCGCGGCAAAGGCAAAGGAGCGAAGGAGCAGAGCUGGGGAGCCCCCAAGGGCGAUCAGAACAGUUGGCGCGAGAACAAGGAGGAGGUGGGGCUGGAAGCGUCCGUGCCCUUGCCACUUCGGUUGGAGAAAAGCGGGAGGAUUUUUAAGCUGUUGGCGGCUAGGUGCGGUGACUUUGGCACCUUGGGCCGCGCGAUGGCUUGGAUGGUUUUUAAUUUCUCCCGGCUGGAGUUGGAAAGGGGCGUUUCGCUGGCCCUACGCCAGGCGGUGCUGGGAAAGUCAGUGAUUGGCUGUGCCGUGCACCGGAGUGGUCCUCAAAGGAUCCGCUCCCUUUUUCCCCUUCCUUUGGGUGUUGUUUCAAAUGUCCAUGAGGCCGCUCAGAGCAUGGCCCUGGAUGAUUUUUGCAAUGCGCAUUUUGCGCUGCCGAGUGCUGCGGACGUCUGGUUGGCGCUGGGAAUCCUGGGCGUCAAUGGAUUGGCUGGACAUGGCCAUGUGGCGCCUUUGAGGAAGGGCACUGAGGCCCAGAAGGAGGCGACAAAGGCGAUCGGGCGCAGCAUCAACAGGGUGCUGGAUCUUGAGACCCGCCUUACGCGGACUUGUGAGCAGGCGGAAAAAGAGCUUUCAAGCCGGUUCCUUAGUUACUCCGGGGAGGAGGUCCCGAAGAUGCAAGUAUUAACCCUAAAAGCGGCACAAGCGGCACUUCCGCCAGUGUCGCACGGGGGGUCCAUUGAUGCGCUGGGUUUGGUUUCAGAAGGUACCCGACGGCUCCUUGAACACCCUGAAGAGUCGUUGUUGGAAACCCCAAAAGAAGGUGUUAAACUGCAGGCUAAGGUCCACAUUUCCCCUCAUGAGGCUCUGGAGUAUUUUCAACUGUUGGUAGAACGGCGUAUUUGCACGUGGGUAGCUGAUGAAGAUGUUUUGCGGGUGAACAAUCAACAGUAUCUCUCCCUGGUUCUGAACAGAAGUGAAAAACUGGCUAUGUUUCAAAGUGACAUGUCCUCAGCGUUCUACCUCUUCAAACUUCCAGCGUGUUGGGCGCCAAACUUGGCUUUCAACAUUGCUUUUCCCGGUGAAUCCCUUGGGCUCCAGAAGGGCACUGUGUACCGCCCCGCGUGCUCAGUGAUUCCAAUGGGAUGGCAUUCAGCCGUCUCGGUCAUGCAGGAGAUCGCUGAGAGGCUGACGGUGCUGGGUCGGCUGCCAGCAUCGCAUAGGGUUCGUCGGACCUCACCUCUCCCAGUGUGGUUGACCGACACGCUGGAUCUAGCAGAGUCCAAGGGGAAGCCUUGGUAUCACGUGUAUCUGGAUAACUUCUGUGCGAUGGAAAAGGUUGGAGAUGACCCUGAUAGGGCUUCAGGUGCUGAAUUGCACCUGGCCCUUGAAAAGGCUUGGGAACGCGCAGGAGUGCUAUCUUCAGCAAAGAAGCGAGUCUCGGAGGCAGGUGUGGUGCAAGAGCUUGGGGCACAAGUGGAUGGAGUCAAGGGGACUCUUGGACCCAGUCCUGAGAGGUUGCUCAAACUGGUGCAAUCGACGCUGGUAGUAUUGGCCAAAGGCAGGCUGAGGAAGAAGUGGGUCCAGGUGAUCGCUGGCAGAUGGGUUCACUGCAUGGUUUUCAGGAGACCAGCCAUGGCGGCUUUGGACUAUACAUGGAUGUUCAUCUCUGGGCAGGUCUCUGGUGAGUCCGUGGAGGCCAAGGUCCGGGGUGAACUGUUUGGGUGCUGCCUGAUGAGCUUGCUGGUCCAUACAAGCUUGCGGUCGACACUCAGCGAGGUGACGACUGCCAGUGACGCUUCAUCGACUGGUGGAGCGGUUGGGAAGAGUGUUUCCCUCAGCAAAGCUGGCAGCCAGUUUGUCGGGCUGGACCGAGGCGGCCAAACUGGGGGGCUGGUAAUACCGGUGCUGGUGCUGUCGUUAUUCAACGGCAUCGGCUGUGCCUUCCGGUGUUACGACCUCUGUGGGGUGCGACCGAUGGUGGCCAUAUCAUACGAGCUCAAUGCAGCCGCAAACAGAAUCACUUCAAGGAGGUGGCCCCAUGUGGAGAUUUGCAAGGACGUGAGGUCCAUUGACCUGGCCACCAUAAAGCGCUGGCGAUACCUCCACCCAGAGGUGGAGGAGGUGCAUGUGUGGGCUGGCUUCCCAUGCGUGGACUUGAGCCGAGUGAAGCUGGGAAGACAAAACUUGGAGGGAGAUCAAAGCAGCCUUUUCUUUGAAAUACCCCGGAUCGUGAAAGACAUCCGGAAGGUGUAUGGCUACAGCUUCAAGGUUCGCUACGUGGUGGAGAACGUCUCGAGCAUGGACGCUGCGGCAGAGGGCGAGAUUUCACAGGUCCUUGGCGGGAAACCCUUGCGCCUGGACCCUUGUCACACAGUCCCAAUUCACAGGCCCAGGUUCUGCUGGUCGAAUACCGACUUGGCACCUAUGGACGGUGUAGAUGUGCAGGAAAAAGAAAGGAUUGCCAGCGGUUUGGUGCUCAACCCUAAGGCUUUUCCUAGAACCCCACCGAUCAUGACAGCAGAGCGUAAGAUGUGGCCAGGGCAUGCCAGUCAGGCUGAGCGUCGUCGGGCCAGAUUGGAUAUAGUCCUGGGGGACAUUGGUAUCACUAGCGCGACAUUGGAGCGCUACUUCUUUGCAGUUUCACGUUUGGCCCCGGUGUUAGAACAGGUCAACACUGAGCUGGAGCUGGACGAAUUCAUCGCAGAAUGGAUACAGGAGCAAUUUGAAGAUGGCUGCCCUCUUCACCUUGUGGCUGAUGCCCUCAGUGGGCUUCAUCACUUCGAGCCCUACACCAAGAAGAAGCUCACCCAGAGCUGGCGCUUGUACUCCAUUUGGAGACGCUAUGAAGUGCCCUGUCGGGCGCCACCGCUGACCAAGGACAUUGUUUUGGCCAUGGCGGGGUUCUCCAUCAUCCAUUCAGAGCUUACCAUGGGAGCUUUAUUGCUUCUAGGGUUUCACUGUCUGAUGCGGACGGGGGAGCUGUUACAAAUCAGGCCGUGUGAUUUCAUUUGUGACAAUAAAGUGGGCCUGGUUUCAAUCCCCAGCAGUAAAAGCGGAGUCCGGCACAACGUGCGGGAGAGCGUGACCAUACGUGAUCCUAUCACGCUGGAAACAGUGCUGGCCAUGCUUGAGGUGCGACGAGCCCAGGGCUUUGAGAACACCCCAUGCUGGGACCGCAGUGGAUCAGCGUUUCGGGAGCAGUUCCGUCGCAUCCUGGAAGAGCUGGAGCUGACCCAUUUAAACUUUAGGCCUUACAGCCUCAGACGGGGUGGUGCUACAUUUGAAAUGCAAACACACGGCCUCAUGGAGCAUACGCUCAUUCGAGGAAGAUGGAAAAAUAGCAAUGUGGCUCGAAUUUACAUCUCCGAUGGCCUUUCAAUGCUUCCCAGGUUGCAGAUGACAAUGUCUUCCAAGUUUAAGGUGGCUAGGUUUUCGUCGAUCUUCGCCAACGAGCACCACGCUUAUGCGGCUGGGAG